AUGUCGGACUUGCCGGAAAAAGAGUUGCAGGAUGCCCGAGAAUUGUUUAUGUUGUAUACAAACGGGGAAGAUGAGAAGAUUGAAGCGAAAUAUAUAGCGGAGAUAGUUAGAGCCCUCGGACUGACACCAACUGAAGCGGAUCUCAAGAAAUACCAGAGGAUCACUUUUGAGACAUUUCUUCCGAUCUACCAAGGACUGCUUAAGGAGAAGAAGCCUAACAAUGCGGAAGAAUUUAUUGAAGGUUUCAGGGUUUUCGACAAAGAAGCAAAUGGUUUUAUCAGUUCCGCGGAGCUCCGACAUCUUUUAACUCAACUAGGCGAAAGACUGCGAAACGAAGAAGUUGACGUACUUCUUUCAGGCAUUGAAGAUAGCCAGGGACAAGUUCCAUACGAAGGUAUGUACACAAAAUUCGUUAAAUUAUGGCGUUUUCGUCAGCAUUCCCGCCCUAAAAGAUACUGUUCGAUUGCUUAA